CUCUGGUUCUCUCGUCAUUCUCCCUUCCUUUCCUCAACUCCUCUAUUUCCUCCCCUUCUGAAACAGGGUACCCAACCCCACAAACCAUGAAAAGUCAUUAGAUUUUUCUUUUCAACUUUGAUUUCUCUACCCAUAAAUGGCACUUCUUCGUCUUCUCCAUUUGCCAUCAUGUCCCACAAACUUCUUCUGCUUCCACCAGAACCCUUCCUCAGCUUCACCACAACCCUUCACUCACAAACCUCCCACGCUCAACGCCACUCUCUCUUUUCCCUCUCUUUCAUUCAAACUCCCAUUUAAGUCCCAAAGAUUCAAUCUUUUUGAGUUCCAAGUCCCUUUUUCAGCCCAAGCCCAACCCAUUACUCAAAAUUCAGAAAAUGCAGAAAAAGAUAACCAAGAAGAAGAAGAAGAAGACGACGAAGGAGAAGGAGAAGAAGAAGAAUUCUCUAAAACCAGAAUUUUAGCUCAGAAUGUUCCAUGGACCUCCACUGUAGAUGAUCUUCGUCCUCUCUUUGAGAAGUAUGGUACUGUUGUGGACAUUGAGCUGUCAAUGUAUAACAAGACCAGAAACAGGGGUUUGGCAUUUGUUUCAAUGGCUUCACAUGAGGAAGCUCUGGCUGCUUUCAGGAAUCUCGAAUCGUAUGAUUAUCAGGGUAGAGUGUUAAAGCUGAGUUGGGCUAAGCCGAAGAAAAUCAAACCUGCUGCUCCUCCAAAGCCAAAGACAUUGCCAAUACACAACUUAUUUGUGGCAAAUUUACACUUUGCAGCCCGUGCCAAAGAUCUCAAAGAGUUUUUCAAUGCUAAUAAUGGAAAUGUUGUUUCUGCUGAGAUUAUUUUUCAAGAUAAUCCUAGACGGUCUGCUGGUUAUGGAUUUGUUUCCUUCAAUACUAAGGAGGAGGCUGAGGCUGCACUAGUAGGUUUUCAAGGGAAGGAGUUUAUGGGGAGGCCAAUUCGAGUGGCACGCAGUAGAGGAUUUUUAAGACCACAAACAAAAGCUGAUGUUCAAUCUGAUAUUACCACAGCUAAGUCAAAUUCUUUAGAGAAUUGAGAGAUCCCUAAUGGAGCAUGAAGGUUAAUUAGUUUAUAGAUGUGUUUUAUAUUUCUUGUAAAAUUCUACUUACAAACUGCUAGAUGCACUCAAUUUUGUAUAAGCAUCUUGAGCUGAAUUUUGAAGUUUCAGUUAGUUUUUCUUUUA